AAUUACUCCUCAUUUUUUCCCACCAAUUUUCCCUGCACUUUUUUCUCGCAAUCCAAACGCCAAAAGUAUUCCCUUCGGUUCCUUCAUAAUUGUUCAUGUCGAUUAAAUUUCAUCAUCAAAGCUUCGUAUCUUCGAGCAGGCCUUCAAAUCCAUGUCUUUCGCGGAGUUCAUGUGGAACCCAUGCUUCUUGCAAAAGAAUGGCUAGCUCGGGUUAUAUGUUGACAAAUUGCGGUAAUCUGAGGAAGAAAUGUCUAGUAAGGAAGACUUCAUUAGAUAAUCACAGACUAGUGGGUUAUAGGAAACAUUUUUCAGCCUUUCGUAAAUCAAGAAGGAUGGGACUCCAUUUUCCUCUUGCAUCAGCUGAAGAUGGUGUAACUUCCAAUGGGACUUUGCAGACCAGUACUAGUACAGACGUAGAUGGCAUAAGGACCAAGCUUAACCAAUCACUGGUGGGUGAAGAUUAUAGUAAUGGACUUGUUCAAUCUUUACAUGAUGCAGCUAGGGUUUUUGAGCUAUCAAUCAAAGAACAAGGCUCAAUAGCAAAAUUGUCUUGGUUUUCAACUGCCUGGAUUGGUGUAGAUAGGAAUGCAUGGGUGAAAACACUCUCUUAUCAGGCUGCUGUGUAUUCCCUACUCCAAGCUGCUAUCGAGAUUGCAUCCCAAGGUGAUAGUAGAGACAGGGAUACAUAUGUUUUUUACAAAGAAAGUUUGUUGAAUCAAUCUGCCCCCUUAGAAGGCUUAAUCAGGGAGAAGCUAUCAGCCAAGCAACCUGAAGCAUAUGACUGGUUUUGGAAUGAGCAAGUUCCAGCUGUGGUGAUCUCCUUUGUAAAUUAUUUUGAAGGAGACCUUCGAUUCACUGCAGCCACAGAUGUGUACGGGAAAGGCAAGUUAUCAUCUGCAGGAACUGCAAGUGACAGAGCUCUUCUCAUGCUUGCACUGACUUGUGUUGCUGCAAUCACAAAACUUGGUCCUGCUAAAAUUUCCUGUUCCCAGUUCUUUUCCACAAUUCUGGACCUAACUGGUAGACUUAUGGAUAUGCUGGUUGAUUUUGUUCCAAUUCACCAAGUUUAUCAAUCUAUAAAGGACAUUGGGCUACACAGAGAAUUUCUUGUCCAUUUUGGUCCCCGAGCUGCAGCAUGCAGAGUGGAAAAUGAUCAAGAUUCAGAGGAGGUUAUUUUCUGGGUCGAUCUUGUACAGAAGCAGCUGCUGAGAGCUAUAGAUAGAGAGAAAAUAUGGUCGAGGCUAACAACAUCUGAAAGCAUUGAGGUAUUGGAAAGGGAUUUGACCAUUUUUGGAUUCUUUAUUGCCCUAGGCAGAAAUACACAGGCUUUUUUAUAUGCAAAUGGAUAUGAUGCUAUAGAUGAUCCCAUUGAAAGCUUCAUUAGGUAUCUUAUAGGUGGCAGCGUACUGUACUACCCCCAACUAUCAUCAAUAAGUUCUUAUCAGCUCUAUGUUGAGGUUGUAUGCGAGGAGCUAGAUUGGCUUCCUUUUUAUCCUGGCAUUGCCAGCACAUCAAAACAGUCUCACGGACAUAAAAGUAGACAAGAAGGUCCUCCUAAUACUAAAGCUAUUCCUGAAGUGUUGGAUGUUUGUUCUCAUUGGAUGCAGAGCUUUAUUAAAUAUAGUAGAUGGCUGGAAAAUCCAUCUAGUGUUAAGGCUGCAAGGUUCCUGUCUAGAGGGCACAACAAUUUGAUGAUGUGCAUGAAAGAACUCAGGAUACCAUUAAGGGAAAUGGUUGAGACUAGACCUGUUGGUGGGGCUGGAUUAGUCAUUGAGAAGGAGUCAGAUUCAUUUGAUAAGGCAUUGGAGAGUGUUGAAGAAGCUCUGAAAAGACUGGAAAACUUGCUUCAAGAGUUGCAUUUUUCAAGUUCUUACUCCGGGAAAGAACAAUUACAAGCAGCUUGUUCCGACCUUGAGAAAAUAAGGAAACUAAAGAAAGAGGCUGAAUUUUUGGAGGCUUCUUUCCGAGCAAAAGAAGCUUUUCUUCGACAGGAAGCUGGUGAUGAUACUUCCCAGUCCUCUUUUUGUGAGCAGCAAGAAUAUCCUAGAACAAAAACUUUAACAAAUGAUAGAAGCAACAGAGUUGUCAAUAAGCAUCGUGGAUUAUGGAGCUUCUUACACCCUUCAUCCAGGAAGCCCGGCGCAGAGUUAUCAGCUAUAGAGAAAUCGGGAAAUGAAUUUAUUGAGCAGAAUGCUUCAAAUGCCAAUAAUUGCGAUUCAGAACCAAAUGAAAUCCACCGCUUUGAACAAUUAAGGAAUGAACUAAUUGAGCUUGAGAAGCGUGUUAAAAGAAGUGCUGAUCAGUCGGCAUAUGAGGAGGAUGUUAAGGUUACAGUUGAUUGUCCUAGCUCUAUUAAUGACGUUGGACGUGCUCAAUUGGUUGAGGCUGAGAAGAAGGAAAGUAUCAUCGAAAAAUCAUUAGAGAAGAUAAAAGAAACAAGCACGGAUGUCUUGCAAGGAACUCAGCUUCUAGCUAUUGAUGUUGCUGCUGCAACAGAGUUGCUUAGAAGGGCCCUGAUAGGGGAUGAAUUAGCGGAAAAAGAAAAGAGAGCUCUUCGGAGAACUCUAACCGACUUAGCAUCAGUCAUUCCUAUUAGUGUUUUGAUGCUUCUUCCUGUUACUGCUGUUGGACAUGCAGCCAUGUUGGCUGCUAUUCAGAGAUAUGUGCCAGCGCUGAUACCAUCCACAUAUGGACCUGAACGUUUAGACCUCUUGAGGCAGCUUGAGAAAGUAAAGGAAAUGGAGAUGAGCGAAGUGGAUUCUGAAGAAAAUGUGGAGGUAGUCUGAAUAGCUGUGGAUACCUUGUCUAGCCUUUAAAAGAGAAACAAUACUCUUCGUAUAAAGUAACAAAUGGUUUGCGUUUUCUGUUUAGGAUCCACAAUACUACUUGUUUUGCCUUCAUUAAUUGCAAAAUAGCUAAAACACAAAUGUAAACCAAACAGAGCCUGAGAAAUGCCUUAGGUAGGCUUUUACCCCUGAAAAAAAGCUUGUAUUUUACUGUUCUUUGUUUUUUUUUUCCUUCCGCAAUGAGAAUGAUACAUUCUUAUGAAUCUGCUUGUCUGAAAUAGUCUGCAAUAUUUUUUAAAAUUUAAGCAGACUGCUGGACUAUUCUUUUAAUUUU